UUUUUUUUUUUGAGAGAGAGAUUUGGGAUAUCUUUUGGUAAGCAGUGAAUCGUGAUGCAGAGCAAAGUCUGUGACCGACUUACCAUAAACAGUAAGCAGAUGUGAAGGAAAAGUGGAGAAACGCUCCGCUCCAUCAAAUGAAAGGGCUCUGCGCGGAACUCAAACCUUGUCUCUCUCUCUCAACAUUCUUACUCCCUUAGAGAGAGAGAUAGAGAAUUUAAGUAGGCUUGCGAAAUGGAAGGUGUAGAGAAACGCUACGAGUGGCGCGUCAUCUGCUCCAACGCCAAGUGCAGCGCCGGAAUUUGCCAACUGAAACGCUCCACCACUCCGCAAAGCCGCGGCUGCUACUUCUUCACUUGCCCCGCCCGCACACACAAAUCUUUCAAGUGGGCAAACAAGGUUGAACCCCAUGAAUGGAUGCCAGUGCCUUAUUGCGGGGGUUGUAACGCCGGAGUUUGCCGGGUCAAGAGGGAAACCUCCGGACCCAAUGCGGGUCGGCUCAUGUUCUUGUGCACCAUAAAGGAGGGACAAGGUUCCUGUGGCUAUAGAGUUUGGCAAGACGAGCUAGAAAAGAUGGAAGCUCGUAAUCGGGAAGAGGAGGAAAAGAUGAAUCCGUUACAAUCAGCAAUGGUGAAUUGCAAUAAGGCCAGCAGUGAAGCUACUAAUACAGAUCACACGUCGUCACCUUUGAUUGAGAGUCUCAAUCGUGUGCGUGCUGAGGCGACCAACAAUGGGAAGCCUCUAAAAGUUUUGCAGGAAGAGAUCUCUUCUACCAUGGACCGACUUUUCCAGAUUGGAAGCCAGGUUUCUUGUUGCGACGUUGAGAUGAAAGAGUUGGAGCUUCAGCUCGAGAGUGUGUCUAAAAACAAGGAGGCGUUGGAGGCCGAAUAUUUGGUUGUAUCUAAAGAACUCGAAGAGUCUCGGAGACUCCUCGAGCUCAAAGAGGUCGAGCAAAAUGCUGCAUUCGACAGGGCAAGUAUGUCUAGUUUGCUUUCUUGUAGCAUAUCCAACAUUUCGUAAUCUUUAGGGCAUCUAGGAUAACAUUAAUGUAUAUUCUCAUCUCUUGUAAUAUGAUCUCUUGUUAAAACUUCAUUAGGUUUGCUCAUCUUCUGCAUUUUGCAUUAAUUGUUGUUUGGUGUCUGAGAAUGUAAUUUUAUUGAAGCUAAACAAUUAGCUGUAGCAAUGAUUUAUUGCCUUAUGAUUCCUCA